AUGGUAUGAGUGUUUGCGCACAUACCCCGCCUCGUGUGCUGGCCCAGACCUCGCUGCCAGAAACAUUGGGGCCGUGGCAGGAAACAGCGCUGACUGCAAACGUGAUCGCAGGCCGACUCACUGACCGAGGAGCAAGUCUCCGAGUUCAAGGAGGCAUUCUCCCUCUUCGUAAGUCCAUGACACUCCAAAGCCCCAAUCAGGCAAUGUAGCACAAGGCUGACGUGUUUCUACAGGACAAGGACGGUGAUGGUACGUUCCGCAAUUGCACAUGAUACCCUUCCAACCCGCUCGCACUGACCGCGAUGCCUUCAGGACAAAUCACCACCAAAGAGCUCGGCACCGUAAUGCGCUCCCUGGGCCAAAACCCCAGUGAAUCCGAGCUGCAGGACAUGAUCAACGAGGUCGACGCCGACAACAACGGCACCAUCGACUUCCCCGAAUUCCUCACCAUGAUGGCCCGCAAGAUGAAGGACACGGACUCGGAGGAGGAGAUUCGUGAGGCCUUCAAGGUCUUCGAUCGCGACAACAACGGCUUCAUCUCCGCCGCUGAGCUGCGACAUGUCAUGACCAGCAUUGGCGAGAAGUUGACGGACGAUGAGGUCGACGAGAUGAUUCGAGAGGCCGACCAGGACGGUGACGGGAGAAUCGACUGUGAGCUUGAAGGCACGCAAGACCUACCCGUCAGUACCUACUAACAUUCGACUCCACAGACAACGAAUUCGUCCAAUUGAUGAUGCAGAAGUAG